AUGCCAUCGUCCAAAAAGUCAAUCCAACGAUCCCUAAGACGGACUUCGCUUGGCAGGAUUGCUUCUGACGAUCUCAAAGAUAUCUAUUCUUCGCUGAUCUACUGCUUAAAGCUAAAAGAAGAAAGAAGCAAAUCUUUAGAGCAUGCGUCAAACAAAAUUCUGAGCUUUUCGUUCGGAAAGGCUCCCCUGUUCAGUUUUUGUGUGGGAAAAGCUCUUUGUGCACUCGAAAAUUUGUCUUUUGAUGUUCAUCAACAGUCACUAACCACAAAUAUAUCGUAUGACAUAACAAAACAAAGUGCAUUUAAUCUUCUUACAAUUUUUUUUGAUGCACAUCUCUUGCAUUGUCCAGAGGAUCGGACUAAGAACCUUCUUCCCGGUAAGAAUAAGCUUGUUCAAGUCACUCCCAAGGGAGCAGCAGUUUUCCAACGGUUUUGUGAAAAGAAAGGCAUUCUCAGUAAUGCAAGAAAAGUCACUGACCUGCUCGAAUCAAAUAUAAACACGAUGCAGUUGGUUUAUUUUGAGCGGAACCCAGAAACAGACAGGAUUAUACACAAUGAAUAUUGGGAUAAGCUUCUCUUUGUGGGUGUUAUGGGUCCCAGAAUGAAUUUUUGGUCGCCAAAAAAUCCACCAGACGAAAUACCAGACGAAAUUCUUAAUUCAAGGAAAAUGUGGGAGGAUAUUGCCAGUGAAGCCAAAUUUGGAAACUAUAUAUUUGAUGGUUAUCUUAGCAAUGGCAGUCCCGGAGAUGCAAAAGAGAGUCAAGCCAACUUCCAGGAGUACUUGGAUUCAAAGAAUGAGAACAAAAGCAUAUCAGAGGAGUCCGGAACUUCGAAAAGCUCUGGAAAGAAAAGUACCAAGGCAAAAAAGAUGAAAAAGACCUCUGAAAAGUAUCCAUUCUACCAUCGGUUCUUUAGCAACCCAGACUCCGACUCCCACAUACAGUACUAUGUGUCUAAUAAAGGAGUCCGGCUAUUUAGAAACAAAACGGUUUACGAGAAGAGCCAUAAGGACAGAUUGCUCUCAUAUUGUGUUACAGGACAGGCAAUUGUUCAGUAUUUGAUGGAUUGUACCGAUAUUAUGUACAUAGAUGAGGCUCUGGGCAUUGGUGAGACGUUUAUGCAGUUGAAUCUUCUUGAAAAGGCUUAUACUGAUGAUAAAUUGGCUUCACAUAAUAUAUUCUCCGGUACAAAGCAUGAUUUUUACAAGUUGAGUGACGAGGGAAAGAAGAUUGUUCACUGGAAGAGAAUUGGGAAAAGAGAUGUGUGUGAGAAGGUUGAAAAUGAACAAGUAUCCUCAAGUGAGCCGCUGGAAAAUAGAGAUGAAAAAGAAGAAGUCGACUCUUUACAAGCAGAUGGCUCAGUACACAGCAAAUUCGAUAAUUGCAGCUGCGGUGAAGAUGGAGAUGCCAUUAAGCUCAAGACAAUGCGUAUAAUACCAUCUUCACCUUCUGUAUCAGUGGGUCAUUUUUCUUCAGAUUCGAUAUUUGUUGACUGUGAGCAGGAUAACGGAAAGAAAGCAUCGGUCGAACAGCAAAUCAAAGGAUUGACGCUCAGCAAAGUGCUGAAGGAUCCUGCCCUAAAGUAUCUCUUCAGGCAGCACCUAUUUCAGAGUUACUGUGAAGAGAAUUUGGAUGCGUAUGAUGCAAUUGGGGAGUUUGAAUCCAAGUUGGGAGUGCUUAAGAAGUUGGUGAAACUCAGGAGGAAGCAGAAGUUGGAUGCCAGCUCUGGUAAGAAUGCCAAAUUCUCGUCUGUAAGUAGCAAAAGAAGAAGCCUGACUGUGAAAUCUGCCAUCAGCCGGGUUUCCAAAGAGUGUCUUUCCAAAAUUUAUGCAAUCUACAGUUCGUACUUGAUAGAUGGUGUGAUGAAUGAGCUCAACAUCGACUCGCAUCUAAAAUUUAGCAUUCGGCAGUUGAUGACAUCUCCAGACACGCCAUCUGUCUUUAAAUCAUUCCCCACUCCUGAGGCACAAAGACAAAUCAACACUGCAAACGUCCACUGGUUGCAAAAAAUGGACAGCAAAGCAAGCAGUGGCAGCCAGGAAUGUUCCAAAACUCCAACUGAAAAAGCUAAUGGUGGCAAAGCAGAAGACAUGAAUAAUGAAGCAGGACCAAAGAGGCCACCCAACAUCCAUAUUGGCCCAAGAAAGGACGUGGGAAGAUCAGAAUUAUCACCUUCGGAUAUUGUCAUGGCUCCAACAUUGAGCAUUUUGUGGAAAGUGGGGGAUUUAUAUGGGCAGGUUCGAACUCAGGUAAGACAGAUGUUGGAGCAGGACUCUCUGCCCAAGUUUCUUGGUUCCGAUACGUUGUAUGAGUCGAUGCGGCGGUGCAGCAAUGGCUCUAUUGGGAAUUGA